GGCCAGUGCGCGUCCGCCUGCUGAACCUGGGCACCGCCGGCCGCCUGGGCACGGGACUGGGCGGGGGCGCUGACCUCAGCCUAGGAGGCCUGGGAUCCCGGAGCCGCCCGCGCCCGCGGGGACCUGCGAGUUGCACGCCCUCCCCGAGCCUGUGCUGCUCGCGGCUACUCGGCGGGGAGAGGCCAGGUGCCCCCCUCUUCCCUUCUCUUCCCUCCCUCCCCCACUCCGGUGCCCGCGGGAGAUCCCGCCCGUCCGCCUCCUCCCGCAGAGGUGUAGCCCGCUGCGGAGCUGACAGCGGCCCCGCAGCCACCCUGUCCAAACUCUCCGGAAGCGGCUGGAGCAGACUCGGCGCUCAGGCCGCCGCAGCUCCAGCGGACCCACUGUUGGACCGGAGGAACCCGCCCUCCUCCCGCGCCCAAACUUGGAGCACUUGACCUUUGGCUUUGGUAGGAGGCAGGCCGGCGGGUGGCUGGACAGCUGCGGCACCUCGAGGGCCUCUUGCCUGGGGUUCCAGGACUGUCGGCUACACUUCUGGGCUCCCGGCUUUGCUCUGGGAUCCUGAGGUGUCCACAUCAGGCGCAUGUUGACUGAGACCUGGAGUCAUGGAUGUGUGCGCCCGUGUUGCCCUGUGGCUCCUCUGGGGGCUCCUCCUGCAUCACGGCCAGAGCUUCAGCCAUAGCCACAGCGAGAAGGCGACAGGAGCUGGCUCGGGGGCUAGUUCUGAGGAGUCCACUGCGGCAGAGUUUUGCCGGAUUGACAAGCCCCUGUGCCACAGUGAGGAUGAGAAGCUCAGCUUCGAUGCAGUCCGCAGCAUCCACAAGCUGAUGGACGAUGAUGCCAAUGGCGAUGUGGAUGUGGAAGAAAGCGAUGAGCCUUUUGAAGUUGGUAUUAUUGUCAAGGACUGGAGCCUUGGAAAGGCUUGUUCAAGGACACACUGUGUGUGA